AUGCCUCGAAUACCGAGAGUAGGCGCAUUCGCCUCGCUACCGUCGGCAGUAGCACCCAUCAACCGAAUCCCCUUCGUCGCCCGCGCCACAUUCUCUACUUCCACACCCGUCAACGCUCUCGGCAACAAGGCACAAUGGAUCCGAAAGCAGCUCUGGAAGGGCGAUGCUCCCGGUGCUGAGGAUCCCUAUAACGAGCGCCCCGAGCCAGAACAACCCACGAAUCUGCCCGAUGAGGCCAAGGAACUGUUAAGUGUCGACCGCAGACCUUCGCCUGUGCGCAACACUCGUCUUGUGUUGCCGCCCAGCAACUCCGAGGCUUUGACUGAAAAUGAGAUCGGCGCUGUUGAUACUGGAUAUACGCCUGCGACUUCACUUGAGGAUCUGGAGGAGAUUGACACUCUCAAGACGUGGUGGGAGCAGCCCGGCCAUUGGGGCGAGGAGAGCGAAUUCCAGGGCUUCGGCAAGGCAGACCGAGUGAAGGACCAGGUUGUGUUGGAGGUUUAUCUGCGUCAAGCUCUGGUUGAGGCGCUGUCAUACCAGCAGCGAGGUCUUCUCGAGGAGUACGCUGUGAAGAAGUGGCCUCUUGGAAACAGAGCCCACCUGGACAGGACACUCUCCGCCGGUAUUCUAUUCGAGAAUGGAAAGGCUCAGUUGAGCUCUCACUUCCGCAUUGUGACUGAGAAGCUCAAGGCUAGAGAGGCUGAGGAGAGGGUUGAAAUUUCCGCUGAUGAGGCCCAGCAGAUGGUUAAUGCUCUGGACCCCUCAUGGAAGACCGUUACCCUGGACAAUGACCACCUCAAGUUCGCUGUCCGAAAGCGUCUCUACCAACUCACCGGCCACUUCAUCCCCGACGUGAAGCUCGCCGCAGCCAAAACACCACGCGAGCUAAUCACCGUCGCUCUAACCAUUACCAAGCGCGGCAAGAAGCUAGCCGAGGUUCUCGAGGAGGAAAAGGCUCUCACCGCCCUCCCCAACGUUACAGUGCACAGCAGGAGAGUCACACCCAUCGACCGUGAGAUUUCGGUUGGCCGAUGGAAGGUCAUCGAGGAGGAGUUGCAGAAGCGUGAUCUGCCUGUUACUGGAACAGGGGGAUAUGGUAAGAAUAAGGAGAGGGAUUGGUUGACUGGUAAGGCUUAA